UAAAUACUUCUUUCGCUUUGGUUUUACUUAUUUUCUGUUUGGUUUUCCUUGUGAAAUAUUUUGCUUCGUGAUCUAGCAGGUAUGUCAGGCCGUGGUAAACAGGGUGGCAAGGCUCGCGCUAAAGCCAAGACUCGCUCUUCGCGUGCUGGGCUCCAGUUUCCCGUGGGCCGCGUGCACCGCCUGCUCCGGAAGGGCAACUAUUCCGAGCGUGUCGGGGCCGGCGCACCCGUGUAUCUGGCAGCGGUGUUGGAGUACCUGACAGCCGAAAUCCUGGAGCUGGCGGGAAACGCGGCCCGGGACAACAAGAAGACCCGCAUCAUCCCGCGCCACUUGCAGCUGGCCAUCCGCAACGACGAAGAGCUCAACAAGCUGCUGGGCCGUGUGACCAUCGCUCAGGGUGGUGUGCUUCCCAACAUCCAGGCUGUGCUGCUGCCCAAGAAGACUGAGAGCCACCACAAGGCCAAGGGUGUUCGCCUGGCUGUAUAAAAAGAGGGCGGCUGCCUACCUCUUGCUGGCGUUUGGAGAAACUAGCUGUCCGUUCGUCGUUUGUCAUGGCUCGUACUAAGCAGACUGCUCGGAAAUCCACUGGCGGCAAGGCGCC